AUGGAGUUCGAUCGUUUGGAAUCUCCUGUCGCGGACGAAUUCGUCACGAUCAUCGGUUCAAGUGCGGACCUACUAUCCGACAAGGAUGCAGAGGAGGAAGGCCAGAGCCAGGAUGAGGCUCGGAUACAGAUCUCGUACGCGCACGAGCGAGCUGCAAGCUACAUUGCGGACUUUCUGGCCACCCGCCAGGACAUCAUCCGAGCCACCCCGUGCUACGAAGCUCUAAGGUGCUUUGGGAGGGCGUUUCGGUUCCCGGCAGCAGCAAAUUACCACAGGAGCUUUCCUACAGACACGAUUCAAGAGUUUUGGUCUCACUCUUGGCAUGGAAGCACUCUGCGGAAGAUUUGCACGGUAAUGGUGCGGAAGAAUGGCCUUGCAGCCAUCUCUGCAGGAACGUUGGCGUCACUUCUUCUUGUUUGUUUAUUUGUUGCUGGCUAUCUUCCCGGCUAUGAAAGGGCGCCUUAUCCAUACGUGUUCGGCAUCUGGGGAAUGGUAGGCGGAACUCUCGUCGCAAUUGUUACCCUCAUCGGAUGGCAGUGUCGCACCCCGGUUUUCGUGGAUGUGAUGUGCAUACAUCAGUCAGAUCCAGGCUUAAAGGCAGAAGCUCUGCUCAGCAUGGGAGCUUUCCUGCAGAGCUCUGAAUCCUUACACGUGUGGUGGGAUGAGACGUUUGUGGAGAGGCUCUGGUGCGUCUUUGAGCUCGGAGCAUAUCUCGGAAGUUGCAAACUUUCAGAUUCCGGGCGUGCCAAGAGAUUGACCGUCACACCGACUAUGCUGGGGACGAGCUCCAUAGCUACAUUUUUUUCACUAUUCGUGGCCCAGCUCAGUUAUAUGGUCAGUCCCUUUGGCAAUCUGCUGCUUGGGUGGGUCAUAUUCUCUGUCCUCUUCCUUGCUGGUGGGCACUUUGGUGUCCGCUCCUUGCGGAAUUACUUCACGGCUGUGGAGAGCAUGCUUGUCCAGCUGCGCAACUUCCGCAUCCGAGACGCCAAGUGCCAAUGCUGCACGGAGGGUCACGCAGAAGAUGGCUCCAAUCCUUAUUGUGACCGUGAAAUCAUCAACCUUUGCAUUUGCAAGUGGUUCGGCGAUGAAUCUGCUUUCGAAAAGUUGGUCGCCACAGAUGUGUCUGCCGCGUUGGCCAGAGCACUCGGCGAUUCAUCCUUCUCCUACCAGUGGCUCUUGAUGGUCUCGGCUCCGUUUCAUUGGGGGCAUAUGGACCAGGUGGCGGCCCGAUUGCGUGCAGGCGACAUGGAAGCCGCGGCUGUAUCGGCCAUCAUCACCCUGACUUACUCGUUCCUGGCCUUUCCUUUCAUAGGACGUCUCGGGAUCAUCCUGGCAUGCAAGGCCCGGUGCCAACGGCAGCAACUGUGGGCAAACGAGCUAGUGACCUUUGCAGUGUUCAUUGCUGGCUUUCCGGUCGCAGGGGCCAUUCUUGCCACGCAGAGUUUGCUGCUGAGAGUCAUGAACCCGCUUGCCGGAGCGAUCAUCUUUGCCGCAAUCAAUCUGAUAUUUCUGAUAGUUCUUCUUCGGCAAUGCUCGCGGAUGUCACUUCUUUCGCAGGAUGUAGUAGAUAUCCCAGCGUAA